GCGUGUGUGAUGUGCACACGAUGUGUGUGAUGUACACACUGCGUGUGUUGCCAGGGCUCUGACGUGGUGAAAGGGUCCAGUGAAGGGGGAGGGUCCUGGGCUGCAUUUGUCACGGGUGUCUUUGAGCAGACUGCCUAACCACUCUGAAGAAAUUAGUUCCAGAAGUUUCUGCUUUGGGGCUAUACACCCGGCAAUUUGCAGGACUGUGGGUGCUGUUAGAGCGCGAGCCUCAGUGAAAUUCUAGGCUAGGAAUGUGGAGGCGUCGUUUCCAACUUUUCUUGGCGAGAGUUUAGCUUCUGAAGUGUUGGCAAGAGGGAGUGCCUGGGAACAUCGUGCUGUGGGAUAAAAGCAGCGAAAAUUCAGGCAAAGGCCCGUCUGACGAACACAAAGCCUCUGCCGCAGAGAUUCCAGGCGCUCGGCGUUGCCCAUCAGCUUAAGAUCCCCUGGAUACACGGCCAUGGCCAUGUUUAAAAACGCCAAUUGCCAGGCAGCGAGUUUCUCCCUCAACACUCUGGGAUGGAUCUUAUCCAUGACCUGCAUGGGCCUGGCCGAGUGGCGGGUGUGGCACAUGGAGAGCAGCUCCGCCCCCUCCCGGGGGCUGGCCUGCAUUGGGAUGUGGAAGGUCUGCACUUACCAGCCCAACAGCCUCCACAGCAGAAACAUAGAGUGUCACCGCUACACCUACAGUGACACCUACCUGCCGCUCGAUAUCCGCAUCGCUCAGAACCUGCUGCUGGCCGCCAGCCUCCUCGGGGUCCUGGGGAAAGUGCUCAUGGUCAUGGGCCUGCGGAGAGUGUACGCGGGACAGCUUCAGAAGGACACCACCUGCAAUCUGUUCUUCGCUUCCGGAGUCCUGAGCGUCGUAGCGGGUGCAUUUAUCUUCACUGCUGUGAUCUGGAACCACCACUCCGUGAUGAAUGAAGAGGGCAUACACUUCCCACCAUCCUUCCAGAUUCCCUUCAGGCCGGACCGGCAGGAGAUGGGCAGCACCGUGCCCGUGGCGGUUCUGGCUGCCUUCCUCAUGCUGUUGAGUGGGCUGCUUACCAUCUCUUUCCAGCUGCCCCCCAACAUCCACGUGUACCCCGAAGUCUCACAAGUGUGAAAUUCCCGGUUGCAUAGCUGUGCAAAUCCAUGAGACCCGCUUAUGGGGGUGAAGUGUUAUCAGGAUGCUCUAUGAAAUAGUUCCAAGGCAAAGUUCAUUCUGAGCAGAAAGUGGCCUUUUGCUUCUAUGUCCAAAUUGGGCUCAUUGAUUGGUUAAGGAACUUUCAUUAAAAAAAAUUCCAAAA